ACGACGUAGCGAAAACAUGUGCUUCCCGAAUGACGGACGCGUGACGCACUGCCGAUGACGCACAGUCUGGACGGCGGCCGGCGCCGGUCUGGCAAAGCAGAAAAAAAAAAGCAUACAGUGGCAGCAAGCUCAGUGCGGUCCCCCUCGGCACGUUGCAGUCUGACGAGAACGACCGCGCCGCCGGCAGCGUGCAUCGCAGUCCUUCCUCUGGCAACACCGACCGCACCGUUGAGAGCCUCCGCCGCCGCCGCCGCAGACCAACAAACUCUCUGUGCAGCCGCCGCUUGUCCGGCUUCGGGGGUGUUGAAUUUUUUUCUUUCAUUCAUGCCGCGGUCUUGCAUUCGUGUAACCUAACCGUGCGCGUCGAAGAAAGAAGCGAAGACGUUCCCGUUUCUUUUCUUUUAUUUCGUGGCGGGUGUUGGUGCGGAUGCGUCCUCGGGUGUGGUGGUGUAGUACACCGGCGCACCGAGUGCAUUUCCUGCCGCCGCCGUGCGUGUUGUGUUGUGUGCGCGGUGGCGAGUGGUCCGUUUGCAGCUUCGACGAGUCUUGCCGGUCGUCGUCUUCGCGUUGCAACAGCCACCGCCGCGACGAUGAUGACUUCUUGCAGCGGCUAGUUGCUUCGAAGUGAAGACCGACGCAACGCCGGUUUCGUUCGCUUGCCCCCGAGCGCCCCGUCCCCUUCCACCGGAGAAUGUCCGCUGCGGCUCCUUCGAAUGAGAGGAGCGUGAAAGAAUCAGCCGAAACCCCUCCACAAGGUACCGCCGCGAUGCCGACACCUGUCACUGGUGCCGCUGCCUCGACGGGAGCUGCGGCCGCGUUGUCCAACAAUGUGGCGGCCGCUGCCACGUCCAAGGAAGGUGGUGAGGAGGCCAAGCAACCGGCCAAGAUGUGCGCCAAUGACUUCAUCUUUGGCAAGCUCAUUGGCGAAGGCUCCUUCUCCAUGGUGUACCUGGCCAAGGAAAUUCGUACCAAUAAGGAAUAUGCAAUCAAAGUGUGCUACAAGCAGCACAUCAUCCGCGAGAAGAAGCAGCGAGCCAUCAUGCGCGAGAAGCAGAUCCUGCGGAUACUCAGCGCUCGGCCGCACCCGUUCUUCAUUCGCCUUCACUCCACGUUCCACGAUGCAAACAAGCUCUAUUUUGUGGUCACCUAUGCAAAAAAUGGGGAGCUCCUGCCGCACAUUGUCAAGUAUGGGUCGUUUGAUGUCGACGUGACGCGAUUCUACACGGCCGAGAUCAUCUCGGCAUUAGAGCACCUUCAUUCUUUAGGCAUUGUGCACAGGGACCUUAAGCCAGAGAAUAUUCUCCUGGACGAACGAAUGCACAUUCAGAUCACAGAUUUUGGCUCUGCUAAGAUCAUUUCUAGGGAUUUCUGUGAUGAGGUGGACAUUGGGGAGAUCGAGCUCAAUGGUCACAACUCGUUCGUGGGCACGGCACAAUACGUCUCCCCGGAGAUGCUCUCGGACAAGAGCUGUUCGCCCAGCACUGACCUCUGGGCUUUAGGAUGCAUCGUCUACCAGAUGAUUUCCGGCCUGCCUCCAUUUCGAGCAUCGAAUGAGUAUUUAACGUUCCAGAAGAUUCUGAAGUUGAAGUACGAGUUUCCCGAUGGCUUCAACCCUGUGGUUAGAGACCUUGUGGAGAACCUCCUGGUGCUCGACCCCAACCAGCGGUUGGGCGCAGCGACCACGGGUGGCUACCCAACGCUCAAGCAGCACGAGUUCUUCACCGAGGUCCGGUGGGAGAAGCUGCCCGAGAUGGACCCACCCAAGAUGCUCCCGUUCCUCCCCGGCACAUCGAGCAACGAAGAGCUGCGCUCUCAUUACUGCGUCCCAGACGACUUGGAGCCUGGCCUCGACGACAAGCAGAUGACGCGCCUCUUGGGCCUCGCGUUCGACGACGACGCACCCGUGUCUUCGCCGACCGUGGUUCCCCAACAACCACAGCAGCCGCAGCCGCAGCAGCCGCAACAACAACAACAACAACAACAACGAACACAGCCACAGCAGCGCAUUUCUCGGACGCAGCUCCACAUUCUGGACUUCGGCCCCGAGGAGCACAGCCGGAGGCUCCAGAAGCAGUCAGAGUCGAAUCCGUACCACAAGUUUGUCCAGGGCAACCUCAUCCUCAAGCAAGGUCUCGUCGACAAGCGCAAGGGCCUGUUUGCGCGUCGGCGGAUGCUGCUGUUGACGACGGGGCCCCAUCUAUAUUACGUGGACCCCCAGGCCAUGGUGCUCAAGGGCGAGAUACCCUGGUCCACCGAGCUCAGGCCCGAGCCCAAGAACUUCAAGACUUUCUUCGUACACACGGUGAGCCCCAACCGAACCUACUACCUGGAAGACCCCGAAGGCUACGCCCUGGCUUGGUGCAAGGCCAUUGAGGAAGUACGCAAAGCCACCUACAACCAAGCCGACGAUGCGUCCUAAUGAUGGCUUUAGCCGGCUCUCUCUCUGGCUGUCCGUUGGCUCGUGCCUGCUUCCUACUCUCAAGUGGCCAUGGAGAGGAUUCGCCGCUACAACAUCGCCGUUUGCUGGCUCUUUUCGACGAGUGUGUCCUGAGGUGUGGACUGGAGUGUACAGUGCCUGCUGAUGACUGCGAUCGGAGACAAGCGAACCAUUUCCAGGACUCUUAAAUAAGCCUUCUAAACUUUUUUUUUUUUUUUUUGUAGAAGCAAGAACUAGGACAGCUCCUUUAAUGUAUGUACCCUUGCUUUGCCUCAUGGGAACGUUUGGGAGUUCAGCUGAACGAUGAUGUUGCUUUGUCCAAACAUUACUCCCUGGAAAUAUUGUUUCCCUGGGAAUAGUUCUCGGCAUAAGAGGUCUUGAUAGAGGCUCCUGAUGAGGUCAUUGGACUGUUUCCUGAACUCAAUAUAAGCUUUUGAAAUAUUUUUCUGUGGAAGCCAGAAUUAGAACAGCUUUUCUUUUAUAAAUACUUGCUUUCACUCGUAACGUUUAGGAGUUUAGCUGAAUAUCAUCAUUGCUUCGGCUGAAUGUUACUUCUUGUAAAUGUUGUUCCCUUGGAACUGUUCCGUGCAUAAAAGGUGUCCUUGAUAGAGGCUCUUAAUUAAUGCAGUCUUCUUGUGGCAACGCAAAGCUGAAGUAAGCUUAAAUUCUCUAUUACUUUCCCUCUCUUACAAUCACAACUUCACCUGCAACUAUGUAGGUAUGUGUUACUUUGUUCAUUCAGAUGUACAAGCAAAAAUUGUAUUCUUGUAAACACUUUCAUGGCGGAAAAAAAAAAAAAAUUUGAGCGACGUCUUUUGCCACUUUCGUUCUAAGAAUUAUGCAACAGAAAGGUAUGAUGUAUCCUUUCCAUAACUUAUAAAAGACAUUAGCUGUUACUUAUUAAUUUAUACCGUCAGAUGCGACUACAAUUUUGCAACGCACCAUCUUAUUUCCUUAUGUGUCUGCUAUGUCUCCAGGUGCAUGCCAUGGUAUAUCACCUCUUAGAAAUUGUGGCACUUUUUUAUGUCAUGGUGUAUGCAUCUCUUAACUUAGCAAUUUGCACGGCAUAGCCUGACACCUAGUAUUUUUUUUUAAUGUCGAGCUGAAGCUGGCAUUAAAGGUUUGAUUAAAGUGACAUAAGCACAAAGAAUGGCUAACGAUAUUUGUGACAAACAAAAUUGCGGUCCGUGUCGAUUAAAGCAGUGUGGGCUAAAGUAUGAUACAAGUUUGCAUGUGAAAUGUCAAACAAUAAUUGUACAACAUGUUAUUGAAAACCUAAAUUUGAAGAAUACUAUUCAAGUAUAAACAACAAAUAACAAGAUUGCAAUCUUAGUAAAUUACAUAAUGGCACGCUGAGGCAUGAUAUAAGUUUGCACGUGGAACGGGAAACGACACUUGUACAAUGUGUCAUUGAGAAGUGAAACAUGAGGCACUAUCAAGUGCAGAUCGCAUGCAACAAGAUCACAGUCUAGGUAGAAUAAAGAAUUGUGUGAUAACUUUACAAGAGUGAUUGUCCCACAUAGUGAUGUUAAAAGAGAGAUGGUAUAUCACUGUCUCACGGUAACAUAGUACCCUGUUACUUGGAGCUAGCUGAGCAUCAUUUGAGAUGCAUGAAGUUUUGGCAAAUGCAGUUGGGCAAAAAUUAUACCAAAGCAUAACUAUCAUGAAUGCCUUAUGAACAACCAGUAUGGCAGUGGCAUCAGUUUAAAUUGAGUCAUUUGUAUGCUGCUUCAAGUUAUGACCUUUGUUGAAUGUCUGUUUGACAGUGGGGACAACAACAUUUAUUCUUUUAUUGCUCGUAUUGUGGACUUAAUCGCAAGUAGACAAUGCCCAAGGCAAGCCAUUGUUCUUAAAGAUUAAUUCACAAAAUCAUUUAUUUACUUGAAACAAAAGUGUAUGUCCAUUAAGACGUGCAAUAUAUUGUCACGUCACAAGUUGGGUGUCGACGUAUUUGUACAGUGCGCACAUUUAUUUCACGUUCAGCCCUGUAUGUGUUAGUAGAAAAAUCAUGCUGUUCCUUUGCAUAAUUUGUCCACGAAAAGCAGUCAUUGCAUGUUUGCUUCCUCACCUUGUUAAAAACGCUUAUGUGCUUUUUUGAUGUUGCAUUUGCUGAUGCAUUAUCAUUCAGGGAAGCACUAACGGGAAUAGGUGUAUCAGCAUUUGUUGAUGGCGUCAGCAUCUGGUGAUGCUCAGACGUUUGCUGAUGUAUUAGGAUUCGCUGAUGCAGUGUUAGUGAUGCAUUAGCAUUUGUUGGUGCAGUAGCAUUAGCUGGUGCAUUAGCAUUCGCUGGUGCAUUAGCAUUCAGUGAUACAAUUAGUGACUGAUGGGGCUUUGAUGGUGAGCUCUGUACUGGCCCUUCCCCCACAAACUUUGGCUGCAAUUUUGUAGCGAUGCCUUUCCUGAUGCUAAUGCCUUUUCGCACUUUCUUGCGCUUCGUCAAUGGUCAGAGCGAUGCUCCAGUGGCAUCAGCUGGCCGUGAGCAGUGGGCGAUAAGACUGGCAUAGAAUCGAGCAAGAACAUCGCUACAAGAUAGAGGCCUCGAAGUUGGCACUGGCGUUACUGCUCUCGCCAUCGCAUUAAAGCACUGCUUGUGGCUGAAAUGAGGCAGAAGUACCUCGCACAUGUUGGCAUAUCUUGUGUAGAGAAAUUUUGAGAGGAGGGGCGAGGACAGUAACUUCAGUGCUGGCUGCACUUUGGAAAUUUUUUUUACCAUAUAAUUUGCCUGAACAAAAGUUAUAACUAUGUCAAAAUGUGCUAAGUAUUCUCGCAAAUGUGCUAAAAAAUCAUUUUUUUUUAAUUUUAACAGUAAAUUGGGCAUUUGAGGAAAAUUGUGAUUUUCAACAAGAACAGGCGCUGCGAGAUUUCAGUGUUUCAGACUAACUAAAAGAGCGUUCUACGUUUGCUGCAAUCCACAAAACGUUUCUGUGAAUCCGUUCAUUGAGGAUUCACUGAGGAAAAAAAAAUAUUUACAAUCAACGGCCAAUACCAGCUGAAGGCAUAUUUUUGCCACUAUGUGAGCCUAUAGUCCCACCAGAUCCAGCAGAUAAUCUGCAGCAACCUUGAUUAGCUGCCAUAUCUUGAGCAAUGAGACAUCGCAGAAAGAGCGGCCCAUAGAGUUUCUCACUAUAUUACCUAGAGGGAAAUAUGGCGCUGCUGCGCUGUGGUAUCCGUGGGAAUGCCAGUAUAUUGCGACUUCGGAUUGGCGACUUCGGAUUGGCAUCGUUCUUGGGGAGCCAGAAAGCCUUAAAGACGCGCAUGACUGGCACCGUUCCGUCUGUCACAAUGUUUCAUUUCCUGCUGAAACAGCACGUAAAAAGCUGCUUUAGCUUUAUCAUUACACAAAAACAUGUUUAAUUUUGAGGACCUUACUAUUGGAUGUACAGUUUUAUGAAACGUAAAAAGUAUCGGCUGGCUGCUGAAGUUGGAGGGCAGACAACAAGAUUCUCGCUCGCUUUGGAACAACUUGUCGUCUGUUCUUGCUUUUCUUCGCUUGAUCCUGCAUUGUAGGUGAGUAAACUUUAUUGAGAGAUGUAAUAUGGGUGAAUGAAAGCCUUUUAUGUAGAUUUUACUUUAAGAACGCAUUAUUUGUGUAGCCAUAUCCACGUUUUAGACGAAGCCUCGAACAACACCAGCCAACACAAGCCUCGCAGACGCAUAUCCCGUCAUUCCCAUGACGGCACAGCGCCCUUUAGGAAACUCCCAUAGACGGUGGCGCCAGAUUACCCUCUAGGUGUUAUAGUGAGAAACUCCAUGGAGCGGCCUAACAUUUUUUUUUUUUUUUAUGUAUUUGAGAUUGGUCUGUAGGCUUGUGAAUUGUGCAAUUUUUUUUUUUAAAGGUCGUCUGCAAUUUCAGGCUUCACAACUGCACUCAAAGCCUUGUUUCUGAUUGUGUUGAUAAGAAGCAGUCUCCACAUUUGAAGAGACACUAUAGGAAAUUAUUAAGUUAAGGUAGAUCAAUGGACUAUCAGUAUCGAAGUUUGGUAUCAUUUUCUGUGAUCAAGUAUACCAUUUCUGCUUACAACCAGGCGUCCUUGUCAUCUAUUUAGCCACCUUUUUGAGGCUUUUUAAUUAAAGAAUGGGUCGAUUACAAGCUCAGUGGCAUUGCCAAGAUUACGUCAGUAGGAUAUAUGUUUCUAAUUAAUUCAAUUGCAAAGAAAUCUUGUUGCAGUUGCCUUUCAGUGCUUUCAGCUUUCGUUGAAUUUCUUCUAAGCCUGCCUACAAUAGCCUAUCUUGCGGUGGCGACGGCCACGAGCAUUACAUCUCUGUCGCCCAGAUUCGGUAGACUCGCGGGGACUUCAAUUCUAAAGCAUAAAGUGCCCGAAUGGCUGUGGUCACUCACCUUGCCGGCCUCAAAAUAUGUCUUUCGGGUGCCCGGUAUCAAGCGCAGAGAGCAAGCUUUUUUUUGUCAGCGACUAUUCUUUCUCGACACUUGUCACACGCUUGCGCACGCACACACGGCGUUGCCGAAGGCGCCUCCAUGUCCACUUUUGCCUCGCGGAGGCUUUGUAAAUAUGCUUCACGAGCCAGCGUUUUCGACUUGCCGGCGGAGUGGCCGCUUCUCACUAGUUAGACAAGUUACAAAUUAAGAACGGCUAAAUUAAAAAGAAAGCAAGAUGGAGGAGGAAGAGAGUGUUUUAUACGUUUUUUCAGAAACUGCGCAGAAGAUGGAGACAUUGACUGUGUUUUUGUUUCUUUUUUUUCGUGUUUUUUUUUUAUGUGCGUGUUGUGUUUGAAGUGACGUGCGCUGGUGUGAUGUUGGACUUGAGAUGGACUGCUGGACUGAAGGACGGAUGCCUUUGUCAUUGUACAAAAGUGCUGCGAGUGCCUGGAAAGUGAUUGUGAAAGAGUGUGGGAACCUCCGAACAGUUUUUUUUUUUUUCUUGUAAUAAAAUAUAAUGGAAACUCUUC